UUCAGUCUCGUGAUACGCGACGCCUAGUAAACAAUUUAAAUUCGGAAACUCGUUCGCAGUUCGCCGUAACCUUGAAAGAAAUUGUCUGGAGUGUGAUAAAACAAAUUGUGCCAAAUUAGUGAGCUCAUCUAGGGUCAAAAGUUAUCAGUUUAAGGGUGAAACGUGUCCAGUUUGACGGUUGACAAGUCCAUAAAACAGCAGUGUCUUCCAAAGCAAAACAAACCCACAGAGUAAACAAAUCAUUUUUGAUUUCGACUCACGACGAGCAGGAGACGUGAACCUGUUUAUAAAUAGCAUAUUGGGGAAAACCAUUCGUGAAAUUCGCUAAUUUUCGUGGAAAGCUUAAAUUAAAGAACAGUCGGUCUUCGUCGGUAUCGCUUGGCGGACGUUCCGGUUAUCGAUUCGAAUCGGUCGAGAUCAAAGUAAAGUGCGGUUUCGAACACACGGGCUGGUGACGCAUCGCGACGUCGAACAUCUGGUAUCCACGAGUUACUGAUAAGGGCGACAACUAGGUAGUAAGUGUAAUUUAUCAAAUGUCGUCAACUCGAGUACCUCUCAAGUGUAAAUCUGAUUUGAUUUGAGCAUACUGGUUUCGUUCUUGUUGACUUACAAGACGAAGAUAUUGACAGAGUGCAGUUGUAACGCAAGAUCGGUUGAGGAAGGUCAUUUCGCACCGCGUGUCUCGUCGCGUGUUUUGUCGUCGUCGUCGUUCGUCAGUCGCCGUCGUCGGUACGCAAAAUAGUCGAAGGCCUUCACGUUUCCAUUUACGGACUUAUUUGUGAAAACACUUAUCCACCCGAGUAGCCAACAUGUCCUAUUUUAACGAAAACUACAACUAUCCUCGCAACUGGCAUGCCAACGGCUUCGGAUGGGUCAAUCCGGCAGCCUUGAGCCAACCGGCUUAUCCUGCCUCAGUACAGAUGCCAACGCCGGAAUCUUCCGGCUACUCCAGCUGGAAUCCCACCAUCUCCGGGCAAUCCCUAUCCUACGGAUUUGCCCCGGGAGUGAUUCAGCCACCUUCAUCUCCCUGGGGACCACAGACAAACGCACCAAGUCUCCCCUACCCGACAAUGGGUUUUACCGGGGGAAUGCCCGUUCCCGGAGGUGACACUGGAAUGCCUCCGCUUGCCAUGAUGCCCAUGCCGGGAGGAUCUUCCUACGGAGGCGGUGGCGAUGGAGAAGAUGCUGCCCAGACCCAGGAAAUACCCUUCCAAUCGGUGUCGAUACCGAUUGCGGAGGGGAUGUUUAGCAGUCUUGGCGAAAAGGGUAGCGGAUUCCGAACCCGUACCGACGUCCAGGACUUCUACGUGCUGCGUAACCAGUGCCUCGAGAAUGGGACGCUAUUCGAGGAUCCCGAGUUUCAGGCCGUUUCGUCGUCGCUUAUGUUUUCUCGCCGUCCCGAUCGCCACUACGAGUGGCUCCGUCCUCACGAGAUCAGCGAUAGUCCGGAAUUCUUCGUCGAAGGAUUCUCUCGGUUCGAUGUUCAGCAAGGCGAACUCGGCGAUUGCUGGCUAUUGGCGGCUUGUGCCAACUUGACCCAGGACCAAAAGAUGUUCUUGCGGGUUGUUCCGGAGGAUAACAGCUUUGAGGAUGAGUACGCCGGUAUCUUCCACUUCCGGUUCUGGCAGUACGGUCGCUGGGUCGAUGUGGUCAUCGACGAUCGUCUUCCGACGUAUCGAGGGGAGCUGAUCUACAUGCGAUCGUCAGAGAAGAAUGAAUUCUGGAGCGCCUUACUGGAAAAGGCCUACGCCAAGUUGCAUGGAUCUUAUGAGGCUCUAAAGGGUGGUACCACCUGUGAAGCUAUGGAAGAUUUCACCGGUGGUGUUACGGAAAUGUACGAUCUGAAGGAUCAGACUCCUCCGAAUCUGUUCCAAAUUUGCGAAAAGGGAUUCCAGCGGAACUCCAUGUUUGCUUGCAGUAUUGAGCCCGAUCCACAUGUAACGGAAGCGGAAACCAGGGAAGGUCUUAUUCGUGGUCACGCCUAUUCCAUCACCAAAAUCCAGAUGGUAGAUAUUGUGACGCCGACCACAUCGGGAAAGAUUCCCUUGAUUCGACUCCGUAAUCCUUGGGGUAACGAGGCUGAGUGGAACGGGGCUUGGAGUGAUCAGUCAGCAGAAUGGCGCUUCAUUCCCGAUGAUCAAAAGGAAGAACUUGGCCUUAAUUUCGACAGUGACGGAGAAUUCUGGAUGUCUUAUCGGGACUUCACCCGUUACUUCGAUCGUAUCGAGAUCUGUAACUUGAGCCCGGACUCGCUCAGCGAGGAACAAGCCAAUCGAGGCAAGCUGCGCUGGGAAAUGUCCACCUUUGAGGGUGAAUGGGCCGUGGGAAGCACCGCCGGAGGUUGCCGUAACUAUUUACAAACUUUCUGGCACAACCCACAGUAUGUGGUCCAUCUGGAAGAUCCCGAUGAGGAUGACGAUGAGGGCAAAUGUACCGUCAUUAUUGCUCUUAUGCAGAAAAACAGACGUUCCCGGAGGAACAUGGGCGUUGAUUGUUUGACGAUCGGUUUCGCUGUUUACCGCGUAACGGAGCGGGAUCUGGCUCAGAAACCGCUGAAGAUGAACUUCUUCAAGUAUAAUGCCUCGGUAGCUCGUUCGCCCGCUUUCAUUAACCUCCGGGAAGUUAGCUGUCGGUUCAAGUUGCCACCGGGUGAUUAUUUGAUCGUCCCUUCGACGUUCGAGCCCAACGAGGAGGGAGAGUUCUUGAUCCGAGUGUUCUCUGAAAGCAAAAACACCAUGGAGGAAAACGAUGAAGAGGUCGGCGUCGGUGACAUCGAUGAUAGGGUUGAUCCUAAUGACAUAAAUCAAGGCGGUGGUCAUUACAUCGCUCCGGAUGUUCCGAGCCCAUCGCAACCUUCGCCCCAGCGCCAGGCCAUGGAACGACUGUUCCUGGACGUUGCCGGCGCUGACGGUGAGGUCGAUUGGGUGGAACUGAAACGGAUCCUGGACCACUCCUUCCGUGACGAUCUGCCCAAAUCGUCGUCGGUCAAUGGGCUCAAUAAGACCUAUGCCAGCCAGCAGAAUGCGACGAAUUACGACGGCGAGGGUGGAGGCGAUGCGGGUGGAGGUCUACUAGCUCAGCUGUGUGGGCUCUUCUGCAAGGAUACGCCGCUGGCCGAGGUCUUUGGACCGGCAGCCCCAAACGGUGGCGGACCCCAGGGAGAUACCAACGGAAAUCUCCAGAGUCAAAUCGUACCCAUCCAGAACGUUGACCAAGGUAGCACCGGAUUCUCGAAGGACGUGUGCCGCUCCAUGGUGGCCAUGCUGGACACCGAUCAGUCCGGAAAGCUGGGCUUCGAUGAGUUCCAGACGCUGCUGACCGAUAUCGCCAAGUGGAAGGCCGUCUUCAAGCUAUACGAUCAGGACCAAACUGGACGGCUAAGUGCCUUUGAGCUGCGCCAGGCCCUCAAUUCGGCUGGCUACCAUUUGAACAACCGGAUCCUCAACGGACUGGUCCAUCGAUACGGAUCCCGAGAUGGAUCGAUAGCCUUCGAUGAUUUCAUCAUGUGUGCCGUUAAAAUCAAAACCAUGAUUGACAUCUUCCGGGAACGGGACACCGAGGGCACCAACAUGGCCACGUUCAGCAUGGAUGAAUGGGUCGAAAAAACUCUCUACUCUUAGAAAGGUCUGCAAAAAACGCCACAAAUCAAUCUCCCUGCUCUAGAUGUACUAAUCGAUGACAAAAAUCAAUCCGUUCUGUCUGUGCUCGAAAUAGCAUCCCGUAGAUAGUUUGUUACAAGCAUUUUCUUUUUCCCCCCUUCAAUAGUUCAAACAAACUUAUAUUGAAAAAAAAAAACAGAAACAACAUCGACGGCUUUUAAUCUGACUUAUGUUUUCUCCUCUGGUUCUGUUAUCGGAUUUUAACGAAUAUUUUUAUGUUAUUGUUAUUUAUCUAAUACCUACAACUGUAAAUAAGGCAAACGUUUUACCAUUUGCCAGGAACAAAUAUUUAUUGUCGUUGCAGCUGUGCUUUGGCAUCGAAAACAAAUGAUCAAAUUAUAAAUCGUAUUUAAAAACAAACAAGUUUUUCUCUUAUGAAAGCUUCCUCUAGGUGUUUAAAGUGUUCCCAGACGGGGAAUCGCCAAUUGCCGAAUUACCGAAUACUACAUGUAUACUCGCCUGGGAAGCAUACAAUUUUACUUCAAAUCUAAACAAAAAUUAUCGAAAGAACAUAAACACACCAUGUAUUUGUGCCUAACAA